UUAUAUGCAAGAACCGCAUGCUCAGUACUUCGAAUAUACUAUCUUUCUUUCUUUCUCUCCACCACGUCCUUUCAUUUUUCUGUAGUACAUAAUGUCUGAAAACGUUCGUAGCACCCUUCUUCAGGUUACCAAACGUAAAUUCGACAAUCUCAAAGCCGAAAAACAUCGAUUUGAUGAACAAUAUAAGAAAGCUUUAGAGAAAGCUAAACUUCAAGAGAAUGCUGUGGAAAGAUUAAAGACUUUCAUCAAGGACAUUGAAGAUAUGAAAUUGGUCGCAGAUAAAAGUGCAAUUUCACGUCAUAUUUAUCCAAUCCAUCCAAAGUUUGAUUUCAUGCAUCAGACUUUGAAACAGGCACAGUAUGACACUGCAAUUACCGCAAACAUUGUUGAACGCUGGCAAACACAAUUGCAACAAAAGCUCGAUCAACAUAGCCGUCGUCACGAUUGUGCUUUGCUUUUUAAUGAUUUGGUGAUGGAUUGUGUUCAUUCAAGCACAAAUGAGCUACAAGAAGAGGGAAACUAUGAAAAAGUUGCUCGCAAAGAGAUGCACGAACAACGAAGCGAAUGGGAGCGCUUGGCCUUCUCCCAACCAACCAUUGAUGUACAGCGCAUCAAUGCGUACCUUGAAGAGACUUUCAAGGCUGCAGGAAAGCCCGAAAAGACUGGUCAAAAUUCUCCUUUACAGGAUUUGCGCGAUGACAUGAAAAGGCUUGGCGAUCAUUUCCCUCGUUUUGAUAAAUCUAAAGUUGAAAGCUGCAUUGACGGUGUUCUCAGUGCUGACCUUUUUACUGGUGAUAAAAGAGAUAGUCUAAAAGACUUGAAAAAGCAUAGCAAUAUUCUCGAAGAGAUUGCUCAUAUCCUCAAUCAAGAUUUAGACACGUUAGAAACUUGGUCGUGGGCAGACGGACAUGUCGAGUUAGACAUGAGGCGUCAUAUUAAUGGCAAAUAUAGAGUGUAUAUGGACGAAGAGCUUUACCAAGCAAUCUUUUUACACCAUAUCGGCCGAGAAUGGUCGGACCAAAUAUUCGACAGCUUCACCGAAUUCCGUGAGAAAGUCUGGACUUUUCAAUCAGAGUUUCCUAUAGACCUCAAAUCUCAGCAAAGACGCAAGAAAAUGGGUUGCGCGGAUGGUAGAUCUUCCGACACUGUGAGUAAGUACCGCAAGGAAAUUUUCAAGAACGACUUUUGGCUAUUAGCUUUGAAACAUCAGAACGCUCUCGGUGACUAUGAAGAAGGCAGCGAUAAAGGUAGCGAUGGAGGUAGCAAUGAAGGCCCAAAGAGCAAAACUUCUUUUAGUGAUCUUAAACAACGUAUCUUACGCUUGAUCACCACAGAAAUGCAGUUGCAGAACGAGUUUUAUGGAUCAUUUACCGUUUGGCAAUCAGACUUCAAGUGGUUUGGUCCUUCUUUACCUCACGAAACCAUCUUUGCUGUGCUCAAAUUUUUAGGAAUGGACGAAAUAUGGCUGAACUUUGUGCGCAAAUUUUUGACACCAAAUCUUCGCUUUAAGGACGACAAAGAGGACGCCAAGAAGCGCUCAAACGGUAUACCAAUAGCACAUCAACUAUGCACAGUCUUUGGAGAGUCGCUUAUGUUUGUGCUUGAUCAUGCAGUAAAUCAAAAGACAACAGGAGGCAAUCUGUACCGCAUUCAUGAUGACCUCUGGUUCUGGGGCCAAGAAGGACGAUGUAAGAUUGCAUGGAAGACUCUAGAAGAGUUUGUCAAAAUCAUGGGCCUAAAGUUGAAUGAGGAAAAGACUGCAGCAACAACAAUUGCAGCGAAGGCUACUAAAGCUCCCGGCAAGAACGCACCCAAUAAAAGUUCUCUGACCUUGAAGGAUGUAGAACUCCCGAAAGAAAAAGUGCGUUGGGGCUUCUUGGUCUUAAACAGUGAAACUGCACACUGGGAUAUUGACCAGGAACAAUUGGAAGAGCACCUGACAGAAUUCGAGCUACAAUUGAACGCUACCAACAGUUUAAUGGGCUGGAUCCGGGUAUGGAAUAGCUAUGUGAGUAGCUUUUUCACAAACAAUUUUGGCAAGCCGGCCAUCUGUCUUGGCGCACGUCAUGUGAGAUUAUGUAUGGAAGCGUUUCACACAGUUCAAAAGAGACUUUUUGGCAACAAUAACCUAGCAACGCACGUAAGCAAUCGGAUCAAAUCUGAAUACAAAACUGUAGGAAUCCCGGAUUGUGCUGUCUACUUUCCUAAACGUUUAGGUGGACUAGAGGCACACAAUCCACUGAUCAUAUUGGCUUCUAUUUCAGAGGAAGACGAUGCUGCUCAAGAGAUGUUGAAAGAAUCCUGGAACAAAUGUGAGAACGAUUAUGCUAGAAUGAAGAAGAAAUGGGACGAAGAUCAAUUGCUCAAAUCGAUGAACUCUGAAGAACAUAAGCCAAAGCCGUUUUUAGAUUGGCAAGAAUAUAUCAGCUUUUUGGAAGAUACAGAGUCGCACUUCGAAUGUGCUUACAUGUAUCUCAUGGAAGAUUGUCAAGCGACUUGUGCAGUAUUAUAUGGUAGUAUUCUCAACGAAAGUCAAUUUAAUGGAUUACACAAAUUUGAAGAAGCGAUUGGGUGCAAGCGCAAGGACAAUAAGUACUGGGAUCGUAUCCUUGCCUUGUAUGGCGAAGAGGCUGUCGAAACGUUUGGCACUUUGUCCUUAGCCGAUCCAAGCAAUUUACCGUUGGGUGUUGUGGACUACUUGUUCUCAGAAAAGGUUCGCUGGCAGGGAUAAACAGGGAAAGGCAAGAUACCCGAACCAAAACAUGUAUAGUAGUAAAUAACAAUUCAAUUCAUGUACAUUAAAG